AUGGCGAACCGCGGCCUCAUUCCAAUUCUGGUCACGAUGAUGCUCGUGACCGGAGUUUGCAACACUAUUCUCAACAAGUUUCAGGACAUGCAAUGUGUACGAAACUGUGACUCGCCCAAUCCAAAGGAUCGGAAGCUGUUUGAGCAGCCCGUCAUUCAAACGGCUCAAAUGUUUGUCGGUGAAAUGGGCUGCUGGAUCGUUGUCGGAUUGUCGAUAAUCUAUAAACGCUUUGUGGCGCCUCGACUCACUGGAGACCCGUCUCCGCUAUUCGAGGGCGGCUAUCGGCCUGUUGGGGAGGAGGACGAAGACGAAGACCACACUCUUGACGGACGCGAUGGCCAUGGCCACAGGAAACCUGCACACGAAGAUGACGAUCGUAUCAAAUUGCGCGGCUGGCGGAUUUUUCUGCUCGCUGCGCCAUCUUGCUGCGAUAUCGCGGGCACUACCCUUAUGAACGUGGGCCUGCUCUUUGUUGCUGCUAGUAUCUACCAGAUGACCCGUGGAGCCCUCGUUCUUUUCGUCGGUCUCUUUAGUGUGAUCUUUCUCCGCCGCAAGCUGUUCCUCUACCAAUGGAGUGCGCUCUUCGUCGUCGUACUCGGUGUGGCCCUGGUUGGUCUUGCCGGUGCGCUGUUCAGCGGCGAAACUGGUCAUGAUAUCACCCAGGAUGACGGUCUCGUACAUGCUGAUGGAAGAACUCCUGAAGCGGUGCAGACUAUUAUUGGUGUUUUGUUGAUUGCCGCUGCUCAGAUCUUCACGGCGUCGCAGUUUGUUCUUGAGGAGUGGAUUCUUGAGAAUUAUGCCAUGGACCCGAUUCAGGUCGUUGGCUGGGAGGGUAUCUUUGGAUUCUCGGUCACCCUCAUUGGUAUGGUAGUACUGUAUCUGGCCAUUGGUAGUACUGAUGCCGGUCGGUAUGGAUACUGGGACAUGAAGGAGGGCUGGCACGAGAUUAGCACGAACCGCGCGGUGGCGAUCUCGAGUAUCAUGAUCAUGAUUAGCAUUGGUGGCUUCAACUUCUUCGGCCUUUCCGUCACCCGCACCGUCUCUGCCACCUCCCGCAGCACGAUCGAUACUUGCCGAACUCUGUUCAUCUGGCUUGUUUCUCUGGGUCUAGGCUGGGAGUCAUUCAAGUGGCUCCAAGUCGUUGGCUUCGGACUGCUCGUAUAUGGCACCUUCCUCUUCAACGAUAUCAUCCGUCCCCCUCUUAAGGCGUGCCUUCCCUCUAACCGGAGGGAGGGCCAGGUACUACUUCCAGAGGAACCCAUCGAGCAUAUGUAG